AUCCUAAUACAUGGACUUAGUUGCUUCGACCUGACUGCUCUCAGAAUAACAUGGACGUUAUCUCGUUGGUCCUGGGCAUCCUGAGCUUUGCACAAGCUGCCAGCCAUUCUCUGAAUACACCAAUCCUACCAGUAACUCUAGAGGUAAAAGAUGUUGCACAGUACUUCCGUUUACAGAAAGCAGUGUCAGAUGAUGAUUCUACAAUGCCUCAAGGUUCUUUGGCACAGUCGCACAGUGAAGUGUUUUUUAUUCCACGGUUGGGGACCCGUAAGCCACAUGUAAGGGCAUCACUUCAGCACAUACACAGCCAAGAGAAUAUUCCAUGGAAAAUACUGGGAGAUCGACUGCAAGGGAUUCAAGGUGAGGUUGUUUGUGGAGAGGUAUCUCCCUCUGAUCCUGUGGCACGUGUAUUGUUUCAUCGUUCAGGGAUCGAUAGUCACUCAAGAGUAUCUGAGGAUCAGUGUGUGACAGUACAAGUGGCACGUGAAUCAAUGAUUGUUCAAGGAUCUUGCAGAUUACAACAUCCUUUUGAUGUGUGUGUUGUGGAGCUUCUUUUUUCACCUUCCUGGUUCACUCUUUCAACACAUGUGAAUAUAACCCUGAAUUACUCUGUCUCUGAAGAUUGCAAGUACUCACACGAGGGAUCAGAGAUUGCAGGGAUUGUACAAAUGAUGGGUUUGAGCUCACCAAAGGUUCAGCAUCUAAAUGUGGGAGACUUCAUGACAAUCACACAUCCUGACAAGACUUUGUUACCUGGAGAGGUGUUCACUAUCUCAGUUAGCCUCGGUCAUAAUUGGACUCAACCUAGCUUCACUUUAAGAGUGCGCUGCCGUAUUGGGCUGGAACUCCUGUUUUCACGCUCUGCUGCUCCAAACAUUUGGGCUAUAAAGACUGAGAUACAGAGAGGUGCCAAACACCAUACCGUAACAGGACAUUUAACACAAAGAGGAGCUUCAGAUCAUAGGUUCCCCCCAGUUAUUGCUCUUUUGGAUUUCCUUGUGAGUAAUGUCUCUGUAGGGCUUGCUGUGUCACGGAGGAUUACAUUCCAGCUAGAAGUUCCAGGUGGUGGUUUAGCCACAGCAGGUGUCAGAGGCAACGCUGAAGUGCUGGUAUCAGAUCAUGAUCUAAAAGCUAUUAUCCCACUUGUAAAGUCUCGUGAGAUACUGAAUACAGCUCCCCUGACUGGUAUUUCUCAGAAGAUUCCAGUGAGAGUGUUUGCCUUAGAGGCUGGUGGAUUUGUGAUAGAUGUCACCAAAGAGGCAGGAUGUGAGACCCCAAAUGCACAGAUUAUACAGGUUUCAGAUAGCUGUGAUUUCUUAUUUGUUGGUGGAAAGGAGACUCACGGAGCUGUAGGUGUAAAAGUGGAGUUUUGGCUAGAGCGCCUACGUUCUUUUCUUUUACUUUCUCUCUGGGUUCCUCUGCUUCCUCUGAGAGUUGAUGUGUCUGAUACUAAUUUGCAGCGUUUAUCACGAUCAGGGCCUUUAGAAAAUGGUAUGGAAAAUGAAAAUGAAGAGCAUCGUAGAUCUGCCUCAGAUCACAUGGGUCAUAAUUGCCAUUCUCAGUAUCAACGAGCUCAUGUGCGCUUUCUGGCCUAUUUUGUGGCACAUUCCAUGGAUGGGAGCAGGCAGCUGACCUAUCUGUUGGGUUCUGAGUGGAUGCUCGAUGUAUCUCCUCUGAUUGGAAGUCAGGCAGUUAUCAGAGAUCAGCGUGUUGCACGUCUGGAGGAGAAGGGCAGUGUUCUUAUCGGCCAACAGCCGGGUAUUACGUCUGUAGAGGUGCGCUCUCCACUCUCACAUUCAGUUCUUGGAGAGCAAACAAUCUUAGUUUCUGCAGAAACGGUUUCCAUCUUAGAACUGCAUUCAAGCUUGAUGUGGAAUAUAUCCCUCUCUGUCACCCCAUCUGUUAUCAAACAUUCUGGUGUUUUUACAAUUUCAUACAAGUCUCAAGAAGCUAGAAUGAUUCCUAAACAGGAGGCUGUUCUAUGUGUUUGGCUAUUUUUCAGUGAUAUGUCUCUCGUUCCAAUAACCAUCUAUAAUCCUCAAGAACUGGUUUUAACCAUUGUGUCCUCUGAUGUCUCCGUUCUGUCAGUUGGUCGUGCUAUGAUAUCAACAAGCUAUUGGUCUAUGCCAGUAUUAAUUUUGGAAAAUCCAGGUGAAGAACCUCUAGUGCACAUGUCUCUUUUCCUGCCAGAGAGAUGUAGAGAAAAGGAAACCAUCGGUUUACUCAGUGCUGGGUAUAUUAGAGUUACGUUCCCAAGAAAUGGAACAAUAGGAGAUGAACAUCUUGGCAGAGACAUAAUACAGGGAGACACCGUCCUACUGACCAGGGACAGUAACAUUAUCUCAAGUGCUAACAAUGUUAUUCCAGGAACCAGUGACAUAAUCCUUAGGGGUGAUCAUACUACUAUAGAAGAUAAUAAAUCUCAUUUUGAUGAUAUUGUUACAACACGGUGGGGAAUACCAGGCUUACAAGAAGGACUUUAUGGACUCCUUGCAAUAUUCUCUCUUCUUACCCUUCUGUUCUUUUUUAGUUGCCUGACCUUUAUACGACGGCACAAGAAAAAACCAGCACAUGAGGACCCUGCCAAUCCUGAGGCUCCAAACUGGGUAUGGUUAGAAGGGUCAGAUUCAGAUAGAUCAAAAUCACAAUCAGGAGGGGGUGAGGAAGAGGAGGGAAGUGGGCAGUGGGAUGCCAGGAACUUGGGUUCUCAAAGGCUGACAAGUACUUUCCAUCCAGUAAGAAAUUUCCACAAGGAUGAGACUAAUAGUGAAUGUUACUCUGCUACCAACUCUUUCUCAAGAUCUACCAACCAUUCUAAAGCUUAUUUAGAAGCAAAAAGAUCUGAAGUUAGGUCAAUUAAAACAGCAAAUUCACAUGGAGAAAGAAGAAUUGAAGGGGUACCUAAUGAUCCUAAUGUGCAGUCUAUUUUGGUGGCAAAUGAGGAGGACAUUGUUUGGGUAUGUAAGGAUAUGGGUAUGAGAGAGCCUCAAGAAAUCCUGAGCUACAUGAAAAGGAUCAGAUCUGAAACACCUCAUGGUGAUGAUAUUAGUAGAGAAGGACUAAGUCUUAGGGAAAUGGAUAUACCUGGAGCUAGAGUUAAGUGA